ACCAGUUUGUCGCAACGCCCUUCUAAUGCGGGCGCAGAAAUAACAAGCCUGUCGUCCCUCUCUUUCUUCACGAGCUGCGCUGAGCGCAGAGUUUGGGGUGUGGGCCUCACCAUGGCUUCCGCAGACGUUUUGGUCCUCUCGUCCCCGCCGAGACAGUUCAGGACAUUCAACAUGUCUUCAUCUCCAGUCAUGCCAUCGCCGAGCCAUUUUUUCCAGAAAAGACCAGUUGGGUUGCGGACAGGAAGCGGUGCGGCUCCAAUUCCACCAAAUGCUAAUGCUUCCUUUACGACGGCUUCGAGCCUCUGGAAACCUUUGUUGGAGGAUACACAGCGCGUCGAAACGAUACACUCAUCCCUAGCAGCGGCCGAGAACGACGGCGCUGUGGGUCCCAAACAGUCGAGAUCAACGAAGACGAAGCCUCGGAAACCUGUUCAAAAGAAGGAUGCUCUGGAGGAUGGCAAAGUGGCAAGGGCAGUAAAGAGGAGGACUUCGGAGGACAAGGACGUUGGGAUCGAUGGCGCCGAAGCCCAAAAGCCACGGAAACCACGGAAAAGUAAGACAGAUCUUGGCCUUGCUGAAGAGGGUACUGUCAAAGAAAAGAAAGCUCGCAAACCAAAAUCUGGAAAUGUCGCUGAUCCCGCGGGAGGUGACGGCCAAAAGGCAAAGGCGGUACGAAAGCCGCGAGCGAAGAAGACAAAUGGAGAAGCACAAACGAAAAUGCCCAAAUCAAAGGUCACAAAGGCCUCGGCCACAUCAACUUCUAAAUUGGACAAAGUUACAGAAACGGCAAAACCUGAGAAGCCUGAAUCUGUUACUACAGCUGAGGGGCUUCCCGCUGCCUUUGAGGAUAAUCUUGGUACCGGUUUAGUCGAAGCUGUCAAGAGGCGUCCUUUCUGGACUCCGCCGAAAGCUACGACUGAAUCUGCGUAUGUCACGCCCCUGACUUCUGAAGGCUCCAUAGAUGGCAGUGUGGCUUUAGAUGGGUCAAGAAGUUCGGAAGAAAGGAGUAGAAAGUCCACAGAUUUGUUUGGUAGCUUUCGAUUUAACAGUACAGAAUCUCAUGUUGUUGCAAAAAAGGUGCCUGCUGGUGCUGUUAUGAGGAAACGGAAACUCGAGAUGGUUAAUACGAAUAAUUCCGCUUCUAGUUCGGAAGCUGCGACGACUCCAAAGACCAAAGCGCCCAAGAAAAAAGCCAGAACGAUUACAGAUCAAGCCACCUCUGCGUAUACUCUGGACGGACUACCUACAAAGACAGCGCCUCUACUACAAUAUUUCUCUUAUGAGACGACUGAUGGAGUCGCUUGUGAUGGGUUCAAAGUCCCUGCGAAGCCUCGCUCGAGAAGCCCGGUUAAAGGACCGUCGAAGCCUGGGAAUGGCACCGCACAGGCGCCAAUUCUACUCUCACCUGAGUCCGCAUUGAAGCAAGUCGGCAACCAGGAUUUUGUCUUCGGGACUUCAAGCCAACUGGCAAGGGAAGAAUCGCCAACUCUCCUGCGUGACGUACACGCAGCUAUGCAAGCCUCAAACCAAGAGGAUGAUGACCCAUUCGCUGACUUGCGUGAGCCUACUGUCUCGUUCACAGCGAGUCGAGGAAAGGUAGUCUCAUCAACGAAACGAACCCUUUGGUCCGCUGCAACUCGAGAUAAUGCUGGCGAGCUGUUGAAUGUCGAAAUAGUAGAUUUAGCAAAUUCGCCGGCAGCCGAGACGCAGGUGAACUCAUCUGAUACUAACACAAUUGCCGUGUCACCUGCCGUACCAGACAACGAUGGAAUUUGGCAUGACAUUGAGGAGAUAAUUCCCAAUGCGCCACCCCCCCAAGCGCAAGCUGAACAAGCGGAAGCUUCCCCUGAGCUUGAAUCAGUUAGCCGUCCUCCAAGCAAUGCGGAAGAUCUUGAAUUAUCACACAAAUCAUUGGGGCUACCGAAGCAGUCUGAGCCACUUCCUCGAGCUACGCAAUCUGUGAAGGAAAUAUCUGCUAAAGGCAGUGAUUUAGAAAAGCCGGACUACUCUUGUUAUACGACUGCUGAGCUAGCAAAGGAAUUGGCGUCAUAUCGCUUCAAACCUGUGAAGAACAGGGAUCAAAUGAUCACUCUACUAGAAAGGUGCUGGGAAGGUAAACAACGAGUGGCUCUGGGCUCCCUAGAUUCCAAUCUAGCGCUCCCAAAGUCGUCCUCGAACCAACUUGAAACUGUACCUACUAAAAGACCCCGGGGCAGACCCAGAAAGAACAGCAUUGAAGCUUCACCGAAAACCAAGUCAAAAUCACAGGCCGGCAAAGUAAAGGCAACAGAGACAGAUGAAUAUCUGGAACUGGUCAGCGAUGCGCCCCUGUCUAAGGUACGCACGCCGAAAAAGACCCAGACGAAGACCAAACAACCCAUCGAUGAUAUCGAUGAUAUCGAUGAUAUUUCCGAUCCAGAUUCCCCUUUUACACCCUCGCCUCCGAGGCGUCGCCCCUCUCAAAUUCGAACACCACAGUUGCCUUUACAGACCUCGGCAUCGACAGCUGUUGAGGAUAGUCCAGAUCUCUCGCCAACGUCAUCCCAACUCCAACUUUUCAAGCACAUCACGCGCGCAGUCACCACUGCCCCGCCAUCCCAGGAUCCAUUGAAUCCUAGCUGGCACGAGAAGAUCCUUCUCUAUGAUCCAAUUAUACUUGAAGACCUGACAGUGUGGCUCAACACGGGUGCAUUGGACAAGGCGGGAUGGGAUGGAGAGGUAUAUCCUGGAGAGGUUAAGAAGUGGUGUAUGAGUAAUAGUAUCUGCUGUCUUUGGAAAGAAAAUUUGAGGGGCGCUGCGAGGAGUCGUUAUUGAGAGCUAAUGCAGCCUGCUUUGUAUAUACCCCUGCCUAGAUUGAACAGAGGCAAUUUUGAUGCCGCCCAGAUAAUACCAUGGGCCUU